AUGCAACAGACCAAAGCACCACAAGUCACUUCGGGACCAGGCUACUCGUAUGCCUACUCGCUGUAUCUUCAUACAGCAGCAUGGAUUCUGCGCAAAGCUGUGGCGUCAAUGACCGGCACUGGAGCAAGGUUUGAUGCGCAAAUUGCCGUGCCAACGCCGGGUCUUGGAGAAGGAAGCGUGCGGUGCUCGUUGUGUUUACCGCCUGAGGGCAAGCUGAGAGAAGGAAGUCAAUUACCUCUCAUUUUGGUUUUCGAAGGCGGAGGCUUCGUACUUGGACAGCCAUCAGAUGGUGAAGACAUUACAAGGUACGUAUCACCCUCCUCUUCCCAACUUGUUCUAAAUCUAAACCUCACUCAGCUUGGCGCAGUCGUAGUUUCUGUGGACUAUGCCAAGUCACCGCGGUACCCAUUCCCACACGCAUUGAUCCAACUGCACGAAGUUCUCCAAUGGGCACUCUCUGAAGGGUUCACGGAGCAAACCAAAGUCACUAUUAACCCUGCCCUCGUUGCUUUCAUGGGAAACUCAGCGGGUGGCAACCUAGCAGCGUCCCUAUCUUUACUCACUUCAUACACGGCGGGACCAUGCCGCAAGUUCAGGGAGGGGCUGCCAUCGCAGUACCGUCAAGUCGCACAGGUUCUGAUUUACGCUAGCACUGCCUGCAAUGAAGCGUAUCGAAAUCGGUACGAGGCGGCAAGUGUAGAUGAUCAGGCCAUGUCACUUCCAGUGUGGGUGGCCGAACUCAUGGAGGCAGCUUAUUUGCCACCUUUUGUGGAAAAGAACUCCGUUUUCGUUGCGCCAUUGCUUGCGGGACAGAAUCUACUGCGUGAAUUGCAGCCGAGACUAGCUCCAGCAUCCAUACAUCUGGCCGGAAUGGACUGCCUGAAACAUGAAGGACAACAAUACGGUCGUAUGUUGAAGGAUGCCGGGGUCCAUGUCGAGUUUCAUGAAUAUCCCGAGGCCAUUCAUGGCUUCAGCCAUUACAAGGAAGGCAGUAAGGACUACAGGAAGGAUGAUGUUGAGGCGUGCUGGGAAAGCAUUACUUCCUUUCUCGCCAAGGCUUUCAAUGUAGGGACGGAAUAG